AUGGAUACUGCUCUACCCCGGGCGACCUGGGAGCGGCUCGGUGAUAAAUGGUAUCGGCGCAUUCAGCACUAUACCGAAGUGUUUGACCUAGAUCUCGAUCUUGACAAUUAUAUCAUCGCCGGUGCUCCUUACGGUGGCGCCAUUGCACUCUGGAAUGAUGACACCAAACUCCAACAAUACCAAGCGACUAGAGCCGUCAAGCCGAGUAUAGACAUCUACAACUAUGCGGGCAAGAAGCUUCGUAGCAUCCCGUGGGAGAAGGGCACCAUCAAGGGCCUAGGUUGGUCUGAGGAAGAGCAGCUUCUCGCGGUACUUGCAGACGGGACUGUUCGCUGCUACGACUUGCAAGGCGACUUUACUCAGUUUUCGCUCGGCCAUGGAUCAGACAACUAUGGCGUACACUCUUGCAGAUUCUAUGAUCACGGAAUGGUGGCGAUGCUCACAAAUAAUGCCUUGAUUACGGUGUCGUCAUACGCUGAGCCGCGACCAAAGCUCUUGGCGAGUGUGCCGGAAGGUGAGGUGCAUUCCUGGGGAAUAAUACCGCCGGCUUAUACGCUAUCUCGGUCGGUGGAAGUUCUUCUUAGCAUAAAAGAGACGGUGUACCUGGUUGAUUCAACCGAAUGCGAAGAUCGCUUUCUCGACAUCGGCCCCUUCAGCCAUAUUAGUGUUUCUCCCGACGGAAAGCUGGUCGCCCUGUACACGAAAUCAGGCAAGGCUCAUGUGGUAUCAAGCGAUUUCCAGGAACGGUUGGUUGAGCACGACUCGAACUCGAAGAUCCCUCCAAAGCAUGUUGAAUGGUGUGGCAGGGAUGCCGUCAUUGCUUGGGAAGACGAGGUUCAUAUUGUUGGCCAGGGUGACACGUCUGCCCCUUUCAUCUACGACACGAAUCGCGUACAUGUUAUAUCGGAACAUGAUGGCGCAAGAAUAAUCACGAAUGCCUUCUGUGAAUUCAUUCAGCAAGUUCCUCGGGAUACAUACCAAGUUUUUGGCCUUUUCUCCGAAUCCUCCCCUGCCUCUAUCCUCCUCGAUGCUAUCACGCAACUCGAGGCCCAGUCACCCAAGGCCGAUGACUACAUUCAACUCAUCCGCGGUAACCUGACUGAAGCCGUUGGUACCUGCAUAAAUGCUGCUGGUCGAGAGUUCAAUGUGCACUGGCAAAAGCAGCUACUAAAAGCGGCAUCGUUUGGUAAAUCUGUCCUGGAUUUAUACAACAGCGAUGACUUUGUUGACAUGUGUGAGACUCUUCGGGUCCUCAACGCCGUUCGAUACUUUGAGAUUGGAAUGCCACUGUCGUACGAACAGUAUCAGCGACUAACGCCCGAGAACCUAAUCAAGCGAUUGACAAAUCGCCACGAGUAUCUACUGGCACUCCGAAUUGCCGGUUACCUCAAGUUACCGACCGAUCGGAUAUACGUCCACUGGGCGUCUACCAAGGUGCGGGUUGGUUCAGAGGACGAUGAUACCAUAUGCCGACUGGUGGUUGAGAAACUAGCUGGGAAAGCUGGUGUGUCGUUUGAGGAAAUUGCCCAGGCAGCUUACGACGAGGGCAGAGGCCGACUUGCCACAGAGCUUUUGAAUCACGAGCCAAGAGCCGGGCGCCAAGUCCCCCUGCUUCUGAGCAUGGAAGAAGAUGAACUGGCCCUCGACAAGGCUAUAGAGAGCGGCGAUUCGGAUCUCAUACUGAGCGUCCUGCUGGAACUCAAGAAGAAACUUCCUCUGGCAUCUUUCUUCCGAGUGACCAACAAUCGGCCGGCGGCAACAGCCUUGGUUGAAGCGUCCGCGGCAAGAGAGGGGGAUAACACGCUCCUAAAGGAUCUCUACUACCAGGAUGAUAGAAGGGUCGAAGGCGCGGACGUCUUCAUUCGCGAGUCACUAGUCCAGCCCGAUGCGCGAACAGCCUCGGACAAGUUGGCGCUGGCGGCCAAACUACUCUCGGAAUCCCGGGAUACCAAUUUCGAGCUCCGGGCUCUCAAGGAGGCGACUAUGCUUCUGCGCGCCCAGGAGUCGUUCGACCGGGAUUUGACGGAUACGUUUACGGGGCUCAGUGUUAACGAGACGAUGUUCAAGCUCAUCAAGCUCGGAUAUUACGGAAAGGCGAAGAAGAUUCAGAGCGAGUUUAAGGUUCCGGAUCGUGUGGCAUGGUGGAUACGACUACGGGCUCUUGUCGCCAAACGAGAUUGGGAUGAGAUUGCAGAGGUGGCCAAGACGAAGCGGAGUCCGAUCGGGUGGGAGCCAUUCUUCAACCUCACUCUCCAGGCCGGGAAUCCGAGACUCGCGGCAACGUUUGUGCCGAAAUGCACCAACGUGGAGCACGGCGAGACCAUUACUAUGUACGAGAAGUGCGGAUUGAAGGUAAAAGCGGCGGAAGAGGCCGUAAAGCUUAAGAAUAGGGAGGCGUUCAACAAGAUUCUCGAGGCGGCGGGGAGGAAUACGCAUGAAGGGAGGGAGAUUGAGAGGAUUGGCGCGGCGGUGUUUAAGUCGUGA